UUUAUUGCUUAUCAAUGUAAAUAUUUAUACCUAAAGUAAGUAUAUCUAAAUAAAGAGAUAAUGUUCCAAUGAUAUUAAUGAAUACGUGUAGAUAUCUUGUCAUGCGCAAGCACAUCCAAAUAGUGUAUCAUUUAUAACACUGCGAAACGACAGACAGUAAAAUAUCGAAUCAGUUUACUCGAUUCGAUAACCAAUGAAACUAGACAUCGAGGUCAAGUUUGCUGGCGAACAUAAUAAACACGCAGGGCUGCCAUAUUUAAAAAUAGAUCCCGGCGGGUCCAUCCAUUCUGCCGCGUUUUAUUCUGCGUUGAAUGGAACGCAGUGCGCGGGAAUUUCAACAUUCUGCCUUUACUAUAGCAACGGUUGUUGUUUUGUGGAGCGCUAUAUCGUUAGACACUUUUGUUUUUACAUAAAAUAUUUAUCGUAUUCGUAAGUUCGUUACACAAUGCCUAUUUUAGUAAAAGAUUUCACGUGGUCUCAAACAAAUAAAGUUGUUCAUAUUAGAGUCCCGUUAAAUCCGGUUGCUCAUGAGAAAGUAGAUCUAUUCCCUACUGAGAAGUACAUAAAGGCUAAUUUUAGUCCAUUCUUGUUCGAAGUAUUUCCACUUUACGACGUAAAUAUAAAGAAAAGUAAAUGCUUUGUUAAAGAAGACGUGAUUAUUUUGGACUUGAUGAAAAAUGAUGAAAUUACAUGGGAAUGUUUAGAAAAGGAGCUUACAAAGGAGGAGAAAAUGAAAAUAAGACAAGAGGUUCUUGAAAAGUGCCUGGAACAAGCGAAGCAGGAAUCUGAAGAUAGAAAAAUUAAAAAGAGCCAGUUGGAUAGGUACACUGUUCAGCAAGCAAUGGAAAUAGAUAGUCAACAACAUAAGCUGAUGGACUCUCGGCGGGAUCACGAAAGAAAGAAAGCUAUGGAUGAGUUAGAAGAGUGGAGAGUAGGUAAGGUGAGUGUUACAGAAGAAUCUAAUGGCACUGAAUUACAAAGAGGAGAUGAGAAAAUUAAAGCACUUCCACCACCAAAAGACGAAGAACGGGUUGAAAUCAAUACGACAAAAGUUGAAAAAGGAGUACAGAAAAAAGACGAAGAGAAAAUGAAAAGGGAACCAGUAUUAAAGUCAGUACCGAGAGCGCAAAAACCUCCAAAGCCUGUGAAGACUCCAGUAAAAUCUGAAUACGUGGAAAAGAAGAAGGUGGAGACUGCAAAGAGAGUGUUACCAAGGUUGAGACAGACUAUGAAUUUGGAGAUUAACCACACGCCGCGGACUUUCCCUACGCCCAGCAGAGAAUCUACUGCCGAUGAAGAACAGGCUUGGCUGAAGAAUAUUACUUUAGCAAGACGAGCGACUGGUUUUGUCUCCGAAGACCUAAGACCAGAAGAACAAGAUCCUCAAUGGUGCAAGGAGAAGGGUGAUGAAUUCUUCAAAAAUGGCAACUUUCUCGGAGCCAUCAGUGCGUACACUCACGGCAUAACACUAUCAGACAAACUGCCCACCUUGUUCGCCAAUAGGUCUGCUACUCACUUCGCACUUGGCAAUUUUAAUAAAUGCUUGAAUGACUGCUCUACAGCCUUGGAUCUUAUGAAGCCACCGUGUGAGAGUAACCGACGCAGUCGUGCGAAGUGUAUCGCCAGGCGGGCGGCCGCACUCGCUCGUCUAGGCUACCUUAGCAAAGCCAUCGACGAAAUGAAAGCUGCCGGCAAACUGCUACCGGACGACGAAACCAUUCAAAAAGAUAUUUAUGACAUGGAAAGAGCAUGGGAACAAAAUCCCGAUUCCGAUUAAUGGAGAUGUGAAAGCAAACACAAUUUUACAACAGAAACAUAAUAUUUAUUAGGAAUAAAAUUAUAAUACAUUAACGAAAUGCAUAUUGCUUUUACUCUUCAAUAAUAACUUUCUUGGGUAAACCAAGAUUCUUAAGUAGAGCAUGUGGAGAGGGGUCCCGACCUCGGAACCUCCUGAACACCUCACUAGGAUGACAACUGCCUCCCACAGCUAAGAAUGUGUCUCUAUAUCUCUUUCCCACUUCGAAAAUGUUCUGGUCACCCUUCUUGGCUUCUUCAAAUGCACUGUAGAUGUCCGCAGCAAUCAUUCUGGACCAUAACCGGCAGUAGUAUGCACUUCCCCACUCCUCAGAGAAAAUCUUGGUGAAUGAAAGGGGAUGGGAAUCGUACUUGUCGAAAGGUAGAGCAUGGUAUUUGGGCCACAUCUCCCUCACAAUGUCUCUCCAGAAAUCCUUUUUCGUGUGCAGUUCCAAGUCAAGUUUGGAUAAGUACAGCUCUUUACACAAGUUGUAUCCUGACAUGUGGCCUCUGAUAUUUUGUAGGUUCCUCACUAUUUCAUCAGGUAAGGGCUCAUCUGUUUCGAAAUGACCACUGACUGAUUUGAUAAUCUGUGGGUCAUACAGCCAGUGAGUCAUCACUUGCCCACACACCUCAGCCGCAUCCCAUUCCACAUUAGAGAGCCCAGCAACCUCCGAGUAGUUAGCCUUCGUCAGUAAAUGACGAAGUGAAUGACCAAAUCUUUGGAACAGAAUACUAACUUCAUUGAAUGACAGUAAAGAUGGUUGACCAUCUGAUGGAGUUUGGAAAUUAAAUAUUAAUGCAGAUAAUGGAGCAGUGCCAGUUGAUGUGCAUUUGUUUCUGAUAGCAAUAUGCCACCCUGCAUCAUCAUAAAUGCGAAUUUUUAGAUCUUUGCGAGCAUAUGGAUCCAAGUAGAAGUUAGCUACUGGAUCUGUACUAGACUCAUCAAACACAUCAUAGAAUUUGACAUCCUUAUGCCAAGUAUGGAUGCCUGUUCUCUCUACAAUCUGAAUAUUAAACAGCUUACUGCAGAGUUCAAAAAGACUAUCAAUAACUUUAGGCAGAGGGAAGUAUUCCCGAAUUUUGUCUUCAUCAAAGCCAUACAUUGACCAUUUCUGUUUUCUCUGCCAAUAGGGUAUGUCCCAGUGUUCUAACUUGACAUCGAAACCUCUUUCCUGUGCAUAUCUCUGUAAUAAUUCAAUUUCUGCAUCCUGCAUUGAUCUGGCACUCUCUAGCAAACUGUCUAGGACAUUGUUUACAUUUUCCACAGACCCGGCCAUUUUGGUUUCCAUGCUCAUAUCUGCAAAUGUUUCAUAGCCCAAUAUCAUUGCUUGUUCUCUUCGUAGACUCCUUAUGUUCUCUAAAUUUGUGGCAGUUUCAAUUUCUUUGUUUACAUAACUAGAACACCUUUGUACAUGUGCCUGCCAGGCGUUCCAACGGAGCUCCCUGUCAGGACAGUACUGCAUAAAUGGUUCGUAGAUAUGGGGCUGUAGUGUGACUUUCCAAGGUCCUUUGGAGGGAUCCGCACCCAUAGCCAUAGAGUAUACUAACCCACUUGGAAACUCUCUCAUAAGAUUUGCAUCUUUGAUGGUACUUGUGAAGACUUUGUUAGCAACAUUUACUUUAUCUCUGAACAUUUGCCGUUCCUGUUGUAGCCCAGCCAGGAUAUUGUUCAGUCUUUCUCUCUUGAUGCCUUUUACAUCUAGACCAUUUAGUUUACCUUCUAAAAUGUACUUAUCCAACAAUCUCUGUUCUUCGUCUGUAAGUUUCUUGAGGCGGUUCUUUUCUGUGACUGCUGCUUGGAAGAUAGGUAUGCUGUUGAAUUUUGAGGAUCUUGCUUUGUGUGCUCUCUCAUGUAUUUGGAUGUAGGACUUUGUAGGCAUUAGUGAACUGUUACCGAGGUACAGUGUCUUUGCCAUGCCCCAAGUAAGUUCUAAUUGAGAGUCAAGUUUCUCUAAUGGUUGAAAUAUUUCCAUAAAGGCGUUUUUACAGUUUUCUGAUGCAUGCUCAAUCUGUCUGACACCAUUUUCGUAUUCCAGGCUCUGUUUGCUGAUUGUGGCAAUGCAUUUUUCAAUCGAAAUAUCAUUAAAUUCUGGCAGGCCGUUAUCUGAGAGUAAAGUGUUUUCUGCAUCCUCGCCUAUUUCAGGAAUACU